UUGCCAUCAUCAAUCCAUCCACACAACAUGAAUGAUGGUGAGGAGAUAGAGGCUGUCAAUGAUGUGGAAACAACAAAAUCAGACUCAUCUCCCAAAUCCUACUUUCGAUGGCUGCAAUCAUUGCGAACAAAGCUGUUACACGGAGAAAAGUCUAGGCUGCCAGAACUACGAGAAGCAUUAGAUCAGAAAUAUUCUGUUUGCCUAUUGACGUUCGAUCAAGCUUUGUUGAGAGGAGCACUGGCAUUGCAAUCCAUUGCAACACGAAAUGAUGCAAGUCAAUCAUCCAUCUCGCUACCUUUGAGCGAUGCAUCCGCUCUGUCAGAAGUAUUUAGCAUUCAUCGAGCCCAUACAUUUGACUCAGCAGGAAGCUCAUUGGAUGCACGCAUAUAUUUGGCAUACGUCAGUCUCAUUCUCCAUCUCCAUUACGUUUACAUGGAGACUCAGCCGGCAGAUGUAGAACUGUCAUCGAAUGAGCUGGAAAGCUCAUCUUCUAAAGCAACACUUGACUUGGUACAUGACUGGACAAACGAUGAGGCUGGACCAAAAUUUUAUCAAGACGGUCGCUAUGCAAGCUUAGGUGCUGCCAAAGCACCAACACAAGCGCAAGCAAAAGCUGCUGGGAUUGAUGCAGAGUGGGACGCAAUACUAUCUGUGGAUGCAGUUCGCUUUCAAUUACACGAAGCUGUCACACGGAUAGCAGCAGAUCAAGCUCAAAGUCAAAAAGUCUGGUCUCUGUACUACCAGUUUGAGCUCACCCACCAAAGUCAGCCGCCAAGUGAAAGGGACACAGAACGGAUCAAGUCUAUCUUGCUGUCACGUUUACGUACGCCUCAUACACAAUACGAAGCCACAGCACAAGCUUUGAGCUCUUUUGUCACACAACGAUUGCCCCCGGCAGAAUAUGAAUCAAUCAUGUCAGCGGCAUACGAUAUGGUAGGACGUGCGAAACAGAUCAUAGAAGUCACAAAUCGAUGGGAGGAAACGGUCGCAUCAAUACCGGCAUCAUCUCGAAUUUCGCAAAGAUGGCUUGCAUGGAAACCGUACACCUCAUGGGCAUCUGGAUUGAUCGUGGGAGGCGCAAAGAAGGGCUCAAAGACGAUUGAUACUGACAGUGUAAUCGCCAUUUUCGAGCGUGCACUUCUGUAUUGUGGCUUACCGCCAUCCUGUGCCGAAGAAUUGAUGUCAUGGGGUGGAUUGCCGAUCAGCAGGGAAGAAAUUGCAUCAAUGCGAGAGAAAGAGAGUAAGCAACAACGCACGGAAAGGCGGGCGAAAGAAGAGGAAGAACUAAAGGCAGAUUUGCAAGCAUGUGCGGAAGUUUGGUCCAAUUACUUGCAUUUCUUGCGAUCGGCAAAGGCAUCUGCAUCGAUUUGCGAUGAUGUCUGCGCUCGUGCUACCAAAGCACUUCCGGCAAAUGGUGCACUGCAAGGUCAGAUCCUGCGGACGUAUUGUCGUACGGGAAAGAGCGCUGAACAAAUCGAUGCCACCUUUGCAACGAUGAUGUGCAAUGAAGAGCUGCAAAGCAACGCAGAAUCCCUCACUGAGCUAUUCCUUGCACGUAUAGAUAUAGAAAGGGAUAGGGCCGCACAAAAGCUCGUUUCGAAUGGCGAAGCGAAGGAUGUACAGUCAGCGUUCGAACUGCUCAUUUAUUCCUCUGAUGCUUUCAUGAGCGUCUUUGCUGUCAUGUCUUUUGCGCUAGAGAGUAUUGCUCAGGUCAAGCCAGCGGAUGAGCAGCUGCAGCUUCAUCAAGUCGUCAGUCAAUGGUGUUUGGGAGGAGGACAAGAAACUGCUGCUCUAAUGGAACCUUUUUGGGAUGCAGCAAUGAAGGCGCAACCCACAAAUCACACGGCUAUCCUGUUCAGUAGUAAGUACUAUCAAAUGAGGACGAUGUACGGUCAAUCGAAACACCUGUUGAAGCAAGGACUUAGCAGAAGGGAUAUUAGCUCAUCAAAGAAGUUGGAACUGGCACAAGAGCUACUGCAAGUCAGUCGGUUGUCGGGAAGUUUACCUGACGUGGAUUGGGCUUACCAUAAAGUAGCACAAGAGCGUGAAAGAAGCUGGUCAGAAUAUUAUGCUUCUUCUUACGCUGCAAUGUCUGCGACUGCCAACGAACAAACGGCUGUUGCAGAUACAGAAAUGGCCGAUGAAGCCGUCGAUACUGGCUCAAAGCGAAAGGCGGAGAAUCACGAUCAAGAUCAAUCACGCGAGCCAAUGUCACCGGAAGACAAACGCGGUAAGAUGGGAGAAGUCAAGAAUCAACGUGAUCGGGAACACAGUUCGGUCAUCGUUGAUAAUUUACCGGCCGAUGCGAGUGAGAAAGACAUCUUUGAUCUGUUCAGAGAUUGCGGUGACAUUCUUGAAAUCACUGGACCGAAGGUCUGGCAGAGUUCAAAUGCACAAGAGCAAACAGCUACAGCACUUGUUGAAUUUGUCAGUAGGGAUGCCAUCCCUGCCGUUCAAAGUCGUCAAGGAAAGCCCAUCCGAUCGCUUCAGGUUAAUAUUCAUUUAGGUUACAAGUGCACAUUAUAUGUCACCAACUUUCCUCCCACAUACGAUUCGGAUGAAAGCAUGCGGGAGUUGUUUGGCGAAUUUGGUCGGAUUUUUGAUGUUCGCUGGCCAAGUAAAAAGUUCAAUGCUACAAGAAGAUUUUGCUAUGUGGUAUUCUGCUCGCCAACUGAAGCGCAUGCUGCGCAAAAACAGCUUCACAAUCGCUCUUUCGCAGAAGACAAGACGGUCAUGCAAGUGAUGAUGUCUGAUCCUAAUCGCAAAAAGGUUCGCAGUGAUGCGUUCAAGGACGAUUGUGAGCUAUUUGUCAGUGGUUUGCCAAAGCAUGUAGAAGAAGCAGAUUUGAAGGAGUUGUUCGGUCAGUCAGUAGCCCAAGUCAGGAUACUCAAACAUCCCGAUGGACGUAAUCGUGGAAUCGCCUAUGUGGACAUGGAAACUGCAUUAGAUGCACAACAAGUUCUUGGAAAGGCGGCUGAGAUGGAUGGAGGUGGCUAUCGGUUGCAAGGAAAGCUACUGAGGGUCAGCAAAGUAGAUCAAAAGAAGAUGCAAGGUGGGAACGAGUCCAAUAGCCUGACGUCGAGGAUGGACAUCGAGAGAAGGAGUAGAUGUCUAUACAUCCGAGGCUUACCAUCUCAUGCCCAAGAAGCAAUCAUCCAGCAAAUUGUCGAAAAGGUGUUAGGACAUGGUAGUGUGAAGCAAAUCGAAUGGCAAGCUGGACAAUCGCAAAAAGCAACGGUAGAGUUUAUUGAUGCCCCAACGGCCGGUCGAGCAGCCUUGAUUGCAUCUUCGACGCUGUUUUACGAUGAACAACAUCCCAUUCAACUUGUCCCACUUGAAAGCAGAGGCGCAGCAGGUCGAAUGACUGCAGGAUCUAGCGCUACAAUUUCACCUUCUUCGUCAAAUACAAUGAUGGAUGAAGAUACAGCUUCGACCAAUAAUAUGGUACCUCGACAAGCCGGCAAUCGUUCUAACAGAGGCGGUCGAGGAGGCAGAAGAGGAGGACAUACAUUCGUUCGACAGACAGGAUCCGUUCCUAUGGAUGUGGAAGAUACGAGCAAGGGUAAAGGGCAAGAUGCAUUCCGUCAAAUGUUAGGAAAGUAGGAAUGAGUUAGGAGAGUGAUCAACAUUCGAUUGUACAAUAUCAUUGCCAUCAUAGCGAAUCAAAUAGCAUGUAAUUAUAAUUGAUAACAAACCGCCGGCUUUGUCAUGUCUUUUAAACUGUGGCUCAUCCAUUCUGUAAAGGCCAACUUUCCCCGCCUUUGAUUGUAAUGAUGAUGAUGUGUGUCACGGCGUCUUUCUUUGCAAGCCAAGACGCGUUGGUUGUAUGUAUUGUCAGCCAAACUGUUCUGCUGCAUGUUACAAUGCUAGGGUGCUUCCGCCGGAGCGGGCUUUAUGCUUUUGUCCGCGUGUGUUGUGCAAUGCUCUGCGCUGCGCACCCUGAACGCUAAAGUAUUCGCGCGUGUAUAUAUUUAUGCAGG